AUGUCGUCACCCUCGUCAGCGGGCUCCGGGGUUGGCAAAAGGAAACGAACUGCAACUAUUCCAACAACCGGCAAGAAAGCAGCACCUACUGAUCAACUACAACCAUCAUCUCGAGACGCAUCAGGUGAAGAUGGCGAGUUCACGGGGCCCGAGUCUGCCAAUAUAAACCAGUCGAAAGAUGUUUUGGUUGACGCGACCAAUAACCACCCUCCCAAAAGACUACGUUCUUCAAACAAUGAGAAGACUACUGCCAAUGGACGAGACGAAGCGCAAGACCUUGGAGAGCCGUCAGACACGACAGAAGGAAGCGCAGAUAUUGAAAAUCGAGUGGGGCGUAAAGGGAGGAAACCCAUCUCUAAGGACGCUGAGACGAUGGCACCACCGCCAAUUGGCGCGUUAACAGAUCCAGUGGGCUACAAAACAAACCCUCCUCCAGCCGGCAGACCUGUUCGCGUGUAUGCUGAUGGGGUUUUUGAUUUGUUUCAUCUUGGACACAUGCGCCAGCUUGAGCAAGCCAAAAAAGCUUUUCCCGAGACUUACCUUAUUGUUGGUGUGACGGGUGACACCGAAACUCAUAAGCGAAAGGGUUUAACGGUCUUGAGCGGACAAGAGCGUGCUGAGACCGUGAGACAUUGCAAGUGGGUGGACGAGGUCAUCGAAGACUGCCCAUGGAUUGUCACGCCCGAAUUCCUAAAUGAAAAGAAAAUCGAUUAUGUUGCCCAUGACGAUCUCCCGUAUGGAGCGGACGAAGGCGACGAUAUCUAUAAGCCUAUCAAGGAGGCCGGCAUGUUCCUUGUCACACAAAGAACAGAGGGGGUCAGCACAACUGGAAUUAUCACAAAGAUCGUUCGCGACUACGAGAAAUACAUCAGUCGCCAAUUCAAGCGAGGAACUUCCCGUCAAGAACUUAAUGUGUCAUGGCUCAAGAAGAACGAACUAGACUUGAAGCAUCAUGUUAGAGAAAUGAGAGAUGCGAUUCGCAACAACUGGAGCACUACUGGUCAAGAGUUAGGAAAGGAACUUAGACAGUUCUGGCAAGCUAGCCGACCUGGAAGUCCAGCGAGACUCUCUAGUUAUGACGACAAUAACAAAUCAUCCACUUCUCUCACAAGCCCAACCGCCCUUUCACAUCUCAGCCGCCGCUUAGAAAUACCAAGACCAGACAGUCCUGGCGUAGGUGGGAGUGAUUUUGCGACAGGAUAUAGCUUGGGUUUGAUUGGUGGGGUUCGUUCUUGGAUGACGAGAAGCCGACAGUCCAAUAUGGAUAGCCAGCAUGGGAGUGACAGUAGUGAGGAAGAUAGUGACGAAAGAUCACCUCCUCGCGGUCGGCAAGGGAAAGCUGAGCAAGAUGCUCAAGACGCGAAAGUUGAUGCUCAGAUCAACGUUCUAAUGGAUGAGAAUUCGAAGGCAUCUGGAGCUUGA